AUGUGUAUGUAUGUAUACAUAACUGAAAAUGGCCGCGACGUGGAAGCAUCGCUCGGCGUCGUGAUAAACAUCUUGCUCUACAAUGGUCAGGGUAAACGUCAACAGAUUCUUGCACACGUGCACGCUGAUCGUCUGCAAUCUCACGUACACGAUAAUCCGUUUGAUACGCACGUGCAUCAAAAGGCUGGUGAACGAUUGGUACGAGAAGCACAGGCCCGUCCGGAUCAUGCACCGCAGCGAGAACUUUUUGAUAGUCAACAAGCCGUAUGACAUGUACAUAAACAGUAAUAAUCCUGACAGAAAGAAUACUCUUCAGACGGAGCUGCGGGAGAUGCUGCCGGACCUGGUUAAUCCACGGCUGUGCCACGAAUUCCACUUUGUCCACCGGCUGGACUAUCCCACGAGCGGCAUCAUGUGCAUAGCGUUGAACAAAAGGGCGGCCAGAGCGGCGUCGUCCGCCUUCGAGAAUCACAAAGUGCAAAAGUUCUAUUUAGCAUUGGUACACGGCCACAUACACGAAUCUCAUAUCGUAAUCGACAAGCCUAUUGGUGCUGAUAUUCGAGAGAAGUCCGGCAAUCAUAAGAUGUGCACGAGCGACAGUAUCUUUUGCGACAAGCCGCGCAGAUCUUACACAACGCUCGUGGUGCUGGAGCGUGGAUUUUGGAAAGGCAAGCCCGCCACCAAAAUCUUGCUAGCGCCCGGCACGGGUAGACGACACCAGUUGAGAGUACAUUGCCAUCAUAUCGGUCAUACGGUCAUAGGAGACUAUACGUACAGCGAGGGCAAAGAUGUAGAGCCUCGCAGGACCUACCUUCAUUCUCUUAGGUUAAUAUUGAACUGUGAUAUUGAAAAUAUAGAUGUGAGAACGGCGGAUCCGUUCGACGCCUCUAUACUGUCCGAUUACAAAGCGACGAAUGUAACGAAAAGCUUGGACGAGAAUAUAUUUCGCGACAUAUACAAACUUACGGAAUAAAGUUGACAUGUUUUUGUUUAGCGUA